AUGGCGACCUCCGGGAGUGAUCCCCAGUGGCCGAAGUUUAGCUCUCUCCAGAGAACCUCGAGCAGUUCACGAAGUGGAGCCCAGUAUCUACUGUCGCGCUUAGAAAGACAACCCUGGUCUUCAUUUCCCAUGGGGCAGAGACCGAAAAUUACUUACAGAGACUCCUCCUCCUACCUGCUCCAGGAGCUCAUUCACCGGUGUCAGGAGUCAGAGACAGACCUAGAGGGAUACGAGGACAACAAGGAAGACGAGCUCGAGGAAGGGGGCGACGUGGAAUCCGAGGAGUCCUCAGAGUCCGAGAUGCUGAAUUUGGAGCAGGAAUUUGAUGGGGUGCUGAGAGAGGAGAUGGUGGCCGAGGCGCUGUCCCGGUUGGGGCGCUCAGGUUCCGGGACCGAGCAGGUCUACCUGGAUCUAACGUUAUCGGGCCUGGACUUAAGCGACAUCAGCAUCCUCUGUGGAUACGUCCACCUGCAGAAGUUGGAUCUCUCGGUAAAUAAAAUUGCAGAUCUGUCCUGUGUGAGUUGUAUGCCUUAUCUUCUAGAACUUAAUGCUUCUCAGAAUAAACUGACUGCAUUCUUCAAUUUCAAGCCACCCAAAAACCUCAAGAAGGCUGAUUUUUCCUGCAACCAAAUUUCUGAAAUGGGCAAUUUGUCGGCAUACGAGGCUCUCACCACACUAAUUUUGGACAGCAACGAGAUAGAAGAGGUCUGCGGGCUGGAGCCGUGCAGCAGCCUGACUCACCUCAGCCUGGCCCAGAACAAGGUCGCCACGAUCGGCGGCUUGGGCGUGUUACCCAUCAAAAUACUGUGCCUGAGCCAUAACCAGAUUGAGAAGAUCACGGGUUUGGACGAACUGAAAUUCCUCCGGAUUGUGGACUUGUCCCACAACCAGAUCAGCAGCCUCCGAGGCUUGGAGAACCACGACUUCCUGGAAGUGAUCGACCUCGAGGACAACAAGAUCGCCGAGCUGAGCGAAAUAGAGCACAUUGAACAUCUAGCUCUCCUUCGAGUCCUCAAUCUUCUAAGGAACCCAAUUCAGGAAAAACCCGAAUAUUGGUUCUUCGUCAUUUUUAUGCUACCACGACUAACAGAACUCGAUGAGAAGAAGAUUAAAGUGGAAGAAAAGGUUGCAGCCAUGAAUAAGUACAACCCUCCCCCGGAAGUGGUCGCGACCCAAGAUCACCUGAUCCACGUCGUCCACAGCAUGAUGCAGCCGCAGAGGAUCUUUGACAGCACUCUGCCCAGCCUGGACGCCCCGUACCCCAUGUUGGUGUUGUCUGGCCCUGAAGCCUGUGGGAAACGGGAGCUCGCCCACCGCCUCUGCAGACAGUUCAGCACUUACUUCAGAUACGGGGCCUGCCACACGACGAGACCCCCUUACUUUGGAGAAGGGGACCGAGUCGAUUACCAUUUUAUCUCGCAAGAAGUCUUUAGUGAAAUGGUAAACAUGGGGAAAUUCAUUCUAACAUAUAAUUAUGGCAGCCACAGUUAUGGAUUAAAUAGGGACACCAUAGAAGCUAUUGCAAGAGACGGUUUAGCAAGUUGCGUUCACAUGGAAAUAGAAGGUGUAAGAAGUUUGAAGUGCACCUAUUUUGAGCCUCGAUAUAUCCUGGUGGUGCCCAUGGACAAGAAGAAAUAUGAGGGAUACUUGCGAAGAAAAGGGUUAUUCAGUCGUGCGGAGAUUGAAUUUGCCGUUUCCAGAGUGAACCCUUAUAUUAAAGUCAAUCAGGAAUUUCCAGGAUAUUUUGAUGCAGUAAUCAAUGCAGAUGACCUGGAUGUCGCCUACCAACAGCUGAGUCAGCUCAUUAAAGAAUACCUGGGAUUGCAUGAGGAACCUGCCAAGACCUUGGCUCCAGCUGCAGCAGGAGACCCCUCUAACAAGAAGACCCCCUCCGGGGUACCAGCGCACCUGGUUCCUUCCCCAAGGCGCCUGGCAAAACUGCAAGCAGAUGGCCAGAUACCAGAGCAUCUCUCUGGGAUGCAGGUUUAUGCACAGGCCCCUGAGAACCAGACCCUGGCUCCCUCCCAGAACCAGGAGCUGACACAGGACGGGGCAGCCCCCUGCAAAGAGCUUUCUCCCGAGAGUCACAUCAGUGCCGAGCCCCCUGCACAGCCGAGCCCCCCAGCUCUCAGUAUUUCCCACGAGGCCCAAGACUUAGCCCCAGACCAGAAGGCCGAGGAUGUUCUCCCUGAAGGUGAGGCCGGGACCUCCGAGACAGUAGCAGGUGACGAAGGGCAGGCGUCCACUCGGCACCCUGACCCACCUCCAGUCCACAGCCCUCCUAAGGACCGGGAUGAGGAAUCGGGGGAGGUCAGGGAAACUGCCACCGACCCGCCCCCUUCAGAACCUCCACAGGGACCUGACCCCACGUCCCUCAGCCCCCAGAGAACCCAGGAUGAGGAGACCGAGUCGGCCAGUCUGCCACCAAGACAGCCUCCCGACCCUGAUGGGGCCGAGGUGCCUGGACCAUCUCUGGGAGAUUCCCAGCACCCUCUGGAGGAGGGGAGCUCCGAAGUCACAGGUGCCCAGGUCACCACUCCAUACCCAGGCCCGCCACAUCCCCAAGACCCCACAAAGAGCAAAGAGACCCAGGACAGGGAAGACCCAACAACUUCGCUUUCCAGGAGCCGGCUGGCUCCCACCAGGCUGCCCCAGCCUCGGGUCCUUGCUCCUCUCCAGAGUCGGAGGCCCACCCCCAAACUCCCCUCACCCAGCAGGGAGGAGGCUCCAGAAACAGCCUCAGAUCAAACCGUGACGCCCUCGCCGAGGCCUCCGCCAGCUCAGGAAGGCGACCCCGGUAAACUGCCUCUCAUCAGCCCUCCCCACCCCAAACCACCGCCACACCUGAGCCCCCACCUGCGCCACAGUCCUCAGCACGUCCAGGGAGAGACAGUCAGGGAGGUGAAACUCCCCCUGAUCAGCCCUCCCACGCAGGAGCUCGCGCCACAGCCGGCCCCUGCCCCACCACAGGAGGAGGACACUCCAGGGGUCAGGCUCCCUCGCCUGCCCACGCCCUCGGUGGAACGGCCACCGCCUCAGAACUCCAGGGCGCGUCCGGAGGCGAGGCCUGUAAAGGAGAGGCCAGCGCCCAAAGCAGUCCGCACCUCCAGCAAGAAGGUUCCAGAGAUGCAACCCUCACCCCCAAACCAAGAGCCGGUGCAGCAGGUGGGAGCUAGGAAAAAAAAACUUCCUGUGCAAAGGGAGACACCUAAAGGACCAGCACACCUGAGACAGGUGCCAUCUGGAAGCCACCAGACGGCCUCACAGCCACAAUCCCGGAGUAGAGCCACUCUCCCGAAGGGGGCCGCCCACCCGGGCCCCAGCCCCACUCAGGGGAACCAGAGAAGCCAAGGCCACACACCAGAAAUUCCUGAGCCCCUGCACGUGGAACCACUGCCUAGGGGUCCCCAAAAACUGGAAGAGGAAAAGGAAAAAGCACAAUAUUCCAAAAAAGAGGCCCGUGCCAACCUCCCCCCAAAUGGCCCAGUUCAGAAGGUGUCCAAAAAAGGACCAUCUUUGAAAAGAGAGCGUUCUUCAGGAUUAUCUCGAGAAAAUACUAAGCCAACUCAGCCGAACUUUCAGAGGUCAGCUAAGAAGUAUAGUUCCCUGGAUUCUACAGACAGAAAUUACUUGAUGAAAUUAUGGACCAAACUGUCAUCCAGAAAAACACCAGUGGAAAAGAAGUCUUUAGCGAGGCAGCGUGAGACAGCCCGGCAGGCCCUACUGGGAAAGACACCUCCUGAUCACACGCUCCUGUUCCAAAGGGGUUCAGUACCAGCACCCACCAAUGGUGUACAUCACUUCACAGCUUUAGAAACACAGAGAAGUUUGGAGAUGUGUGAAGAAGAUUUUUUAAAAACUCUUAUUCGGACACAUUCUGAAAAGAGCAAAAGGGGUUCCCGCUCUGCCAGGCCCACACUGUAUCAGCCUUACCUGUGGUCGAAAGACCUGACUUGCGAGUCUUCGAAGAGCAGUGUCUACUCACACCCAGAGUCAGAUACAAACGACAGUAGGAAGGACCAGGCCCUGAAAGCACUACAUAAAUCGCCACUUCAUUGCGAAAAAGGGUCUCUCCAACACAGACAACACACGUCCACAGUCAUCAGUCGCCCUGGUUCCAACGUCAAACCCAUCCUCCCUCCAAUCCCUCAGGGCCGCAAGUACACCAGUGCUUGACGUCUGACCUUCACCCGGAAAACUUGCUCCGAUCAUGCACAGCACCUCUGCCUCCCCGGGCCAGGGAUCCCGGCUGUUUCUCACGCAGCCAACUACCUACAAAAGAACAUCCUUCGUGCCUUAAUUCUCUCCAUCGCUUUCUUUUGUGGUUCUCUGA